AUGGAUCGAAACUGUGAAGAUGUGGAGGAGGGAGCAGCUGAGAGUCUCAUCGGUGCGGCCAAGAUCGAACAAGGGCGUGAAGAGUUAGUGGAGGGAGCAGCUGAGAGUCUCAUUGGAGCUGAGAAGACGGAUCAAGCCCGUGAGGAUCCGGAGGAGGGUGGAGCUGACAGUAUCGUAGAAAAUGACAGGAUGGACCAACCCCACGCAGUUGUGGAAGAGGAAGCAGCUGAAGUUGCUGAGAAGAUGGGCCAAGCAUGUGAAAAAUUGGGAGAGGGUGCAGCUGACACAGGUGACAUAAUGGAAUAUGCCCAUGGAGAAUUAGAGGAGGGGGCAGCCGAAACUCUAAUGGAUGCUCCCAGGGUGGAGCAAGAUUAUGAAGAAGUGGAAGGGGAGGCAGCUGAGAGUCUCAGCAGCCAUCCUUCGGGUGCCAACUCUACCCAAUGA